UCUCCAAAUCCCAGCAUGCCCCAGGGCCGGCGUGGAUGGCAGGGUCCUCUUAAUCCCAUCCAGGCAGCAGCUAAUUACGCCAAGGCACAUCCUUGGCAGCAGAUGGAUUGGGCCUCUUCUGGGGCUGCAUAUGCCCCAGUGGAUCCCUGGAUUGAGCGACUCUGCUGUGGGGACCCUGGGUGUCCCACAACCAUGGAGCAGAAGAGCACAGUGAGUGGUGCUCUCAGCGGUGAGCCCACAGAAAGGGGUCCCCCUGCUAUACGCAUUCCACGGCCGCUCAGGGUAGACUUUCACUGGGUGCCAGGCUCAGACCUAGGCACCUUUAAUAGUUCCCCAUGGCUGCUGGACCUCUUUUUGGCUCAGCUGGGCUAUUACAUGUCUUUCUGCUUUGAGCACUACCCAGACAACCUCAGCCACAUUUGUGAGAUCCUGGGACACUUGACAGGCCGAGCUUGGGUGUGGGCAGCCCCCUACCUCAACAGGGACCUACCCCUGCCCGACGAUUAUGAGCUAUUUUGCCAGAAUCUUGAAGAGGUUAUUCAAGACCCGAACAUUUUCACUGAGGACCGUGCCGCAGUGCCCUGCCCUUUGUUCCCGACCUCGAGCCAGCCACCAGUGGCCCCACAGCUGCCUAUGGUGAGGCAGUACUUAGCUAGGUUCUCAGAGGCCCUGACACUCAACAUGGGUGCUCCACCCAGGCCUGUUCCAGCCACUCUGGCUACCCCUACUAUUUCUAGUUCCAACUCUACAUCCAGAAAUGCUCUGCCUGAGCACCAGCUGGCCAGGGAGGCAAGCCCUGAGUUCAUGGAGCCCCCUGCCCUGUCUAGUUCUGCAUGCAGUGCUGAUCCUGGUCUGAUGGGGCCAGCCUUUUCCCAGCCAUAGGUGGUGGCCUCCAAACUUGUCCCUGUACUUUCAGAAUCUUCUAACACGCUUGCCCAGAAACCAGAUGCAGCUUGCCCAGGGGGUCCAGAACCCCAGAAGACAGAGGAAGCGGUUUCUGAGACAGAAGGAGACAAGGAAGCAUCUUUAGGUAACCCUCAGGAGGCAGUGGACACCCCGGAUAGCCCAGGAGAGCCACCAUUUGCUCCUGUUCUCCACUCUAUAGCCCUGGAUUCUGAACAGUCCUGGCAGAUGCCAUGACCUAGCUGCUUUCUCACUGUGCUCUGUACGGGAGCCGGAACACAGAGGGCCAGGAGAGAAGGACCUUGAGUCAUUUGCCACUCCUGGCUCUCCACAUGAGUAGGCGAACUGGAGUAGGGUGCUCUUGGGAGUGGCACGGUUUGGCAGGGUUUGCUGGAUGGGUUCAGGGGCAGGCUGAGGUGCUGGGGCCUACCUUGCAGAUCAUUGUGUCUGUCCCUCACUCUCUUGGAAAUACCCACAGAUUUUAUUUCCUAAAGAUGGGACAUAGUGGACUCUGUGGAAGGGUUUUUAAAGAACCUAUCUCCAAGGAAAAUUAUAGCACUGGAAGUACUGAGGAAAAGGUCCUGCGAGAUACUGAACAUUUUAUAAAGCUGCCAUAAUGAAGGUGCUUGGAUGUUCGUGUGGAUGGAUGAACAGGAGAAUAGAGAACUUUGGGAUAAACCCAAAUAAAUACGGAAUUUAGUUCAUGCUAGAAGUGUUACGUUUCAAAUUAAUGGACUCUAAUCAACUCCGUACAAGGAGUUGGAACAAGUGGUUAGCUAUCUGGAAAAUAGUAAAACUGGAUACAUACUUCACUCUAUACCAGCCUAUACUCCAGAUGGAUUAAAGAUUUAAACAUUUAAAAAAUUAUUACUACAGAGUGAAUUUUUUUCCUGCCUAUGAUUCCAGGACUUUAAAAGUUUCAGACACCUAGGAUUGCUGAAGAUAUGGAGAAACACUUUUUCAUGCUGUUGGUGGGAGUAUCAAAUACUGUGAUUCCCUCACAUACAUUUCUAAGCACACAGACUAUGACCACUUGAUAGUGUGCAGAUUCGUUGCUCAUUCUGCAGUGUGGGGCUUCAGAGCAUGGACUUGAGCUUGGUCACACCUUGCCUCUUCCACUUGCGAGCUGAGGGUCCUUGGCGUCACCCAACCUCUCUGAGCUGUUACAGUAGUUCAUCUUCACAAGACAGUGGGAGGGUUGAAUGAGGUAAUGCCUGUGCAGUGGCCUGAGCUCUAGUGACUGCCUAGUAGGCCUCACUGCAUUAACAGCAAAACUGGGAAUAGCCCAAAAGUCCAGUGGUAAAGAAAGAGCUAAAUAGCUAUUGUCCUGUUGUGUGAGUCGAGAUGCCAGGUCGUGCUGCAGUAACAAAAACCUUCAACAUCUCAGCCACCCGUCUGUCACAGAUCAGCUUGGGCACCCUCUGCCCUUUGGAGUAUCUUUAGGGACCUGUGCUGAAAGGAACCCCACUGGAUAUUUCUUCACGACCACAGAGGUAGUGGAAAGACUGCAGAAGACCACAAGAGACUGUCACUUCUCUUUCAUGACUGUGGCCAGAGAAGCCACUAAGCCAUACCUGAAUUCCAAGGGAUAAGAGCAUCAAGUCCUCCCGUGGGGUGGGGUGGGGCAGGAUACUCAGCCUUGAAAAGAGCAAGCAUCCACUGAGCAGGGCUCAGCAGUGCCACCAUCAAGGCAGUGGGGUGGGCUGCAUCAGUACCCUGGAAGGAACUCAGUUCUUGAGUUCUGGAGGCUAGAAGUCUACAGGGUUGGUUUCUCCUGAGACCCUCCCUGACUUGUGAUGACCAUCUUCUCCCUAUGUCCUCACAUGGUUGUCCCUUUGUACCAGUCUGUAUCCUGAUCUCUUAUAAGGACACUGGUUAUAUUGGGUAGGGGCCUACCUAUAUAACCUUAUUUAACUUUAGAACUUAAACAUCCGAAUUUUGAGAUGACACUGUUUAGUCUAUGAUACUGCCCAGGAUGGAUUUCUUUGCUUUUAUUUUUGCAAUUUGGGGCAGUGUUGUCAUGAGCACCCUUCUAAAUAGCACUGCCCACGUGCAGAGCCCCUCCUUCUUGGAGCAGGAAGUGCCCACUUCUGUAUGCAGCCCUCUUUUUCUUAACUCUUCCUGCCUGAGAGUCCAAAGACAUUACCCUGCAUUCCCAAGUCUUAAUGUUUUGCCUUUUACAUUGACUGGAAUUUUUAACAGCAUGAUAUGUGGAGAGGUCUUCUGUCAGCAUCAAAGAGCCUGUGAAGAACAGGAUUCCUCCACCUACCUACUCUGAUUUGUAAUAGGAGGAAGAAAUAAAUGUUGGAUGUGUGAA